AUGCCACCCUUGCUUGAUCACGCUGGGUUUUUGAUCUCUCUUCGCUGUGUUUCCCUGGACCAGCUCCUCCGGCUGCAGGAGGCGCUGUCGCUGGCUGACCUUCUAGCUGCAACGCGAGGAACAAGCCGCCGGAGGAGGAGGAGCAGCAGCAGCAACAACAACAACAAGAGCAGAUCAAUAGAAGAGGAGGAUGCAGUGAUCAAGAAAAUGCAGAGUUACCUGCUGGAGAGACAGGGGGUGCUGUCAGUGACUGAGCUGCAAACAGUCAGUGCUUGUGUAAAGAAAAAUGUGAGCUGGUUUACCUGCAAUAAUCACCUGGAACUGCUGUUAAACCGAGUGUCUGACACCUUCAGCCACCUGUUGAAGUCCGAGAACAAAGGCAACAAAGACUGGACUCAUCUAACUGUCAAGAUAUGUCUUCAGAUCUUCCAGGCUGUGCCCAAAAGUAUUGGAGCCAUUGUAUGGAGGGGAGAGUGUGGAAAAGAAGCUCUGCAAAGGAUUGUUGGAUUUCUGUUCCAAGCCAUUGUGAGCCAGAGUUCACACACAGACAGCCGACUUCUGGCCAGUACAACACUGGCGAAGCUGGUUAACAGCAACCCUCAGCCCCAGGUCAGGGCAGUGGCAGCCCUCCAUGCUUUACAACUGACACAAGGAGAGAUUGAUUGCUUGAUUCUCGGAGAGCUGAAGGUCACAUUCCUGGCAAAGCGAACUGAUGGUUUGGGAAACUUGCUGAUGAGUCGGGGCCUCGUGAGCUGCAAUCACAAUGAGAUGCUGGUCUGCCAACUGCCAGGCUUCCAAAGUGGGGCCUCUGUCUUGCUGGAUCUGCUGUUUCCUGUCAUAGUGACUCACUGUGAGGACAAGAGGAGUCCAGUUCUGUCCCGUGCUUUUCAAGUGCUGACUCUGUGGCUGAAGUGUAUAAAGUCGAAUAUUGGCAAAAUGUGGAGACUGCGUGCUGGGAGGCUGCUUGAUCAACAUUCAACUUUUACCACCCAACUAUUGGAGCUGAUGUGGCACAGGAUUGAAAGCCCAGUGGAGGGUCUGCUGGACUCUGUACAUUGUUCUUUCCGCCUGUUCUUUGAUAUUUACAGACAAGAGUGCAGCCACUUUGGGGAUGUGGAUCUGCCCCUCUACUCAUCCAUACUGCAUCGUCUUAAAGCCCUCCCAUGGCAAGUGAAAGCCAAAUAUUUGCUCCUCUCCUCUCUCGUCUCCUGCUUUGGUGCCGAUAAGAUCCUGGGAGAUUACGAGGAGCUUCCAAAACAUUUGUUCAACUGCCUUUCAACAAAUCACUUGUGCUCUGUAGCCUCUGAGCUCUACCGGACAAUACUGCAGCAGCACAGGUUGGAGUGCACCUUGACCCAGGGAACCCUGUCUGAACAGGAGCUGGCAGAGAGUUGGGCUCAGUCAUGGCUUCAAAUGUUGGCUGAGGCUUUAACCUCUGACAUCCCAUUAUAUCAGCUGAACACAGCCAAUUAUUUCCUAGGAAAAACACUGAAGAUCUUCCCAGCAUCGUUCCACCUACUGGCUAGGGCAUUUGAUGGUAGCCAUUCUGAACAUCGCCUUGGCUGGAUCACCUUAGUCAGCGCAAAGCAGAUGACUUCUGGGUCCCUGCCCAUGGAGGCCGACACACUGAGGAAUUUGAGGGCCACCCUACAUUGCCUGGAUGACCGUGUGCGCCUCCGUGCUCUUGCUCUGCUAUGCAUCAGCCCUAAAACCAAUCAGGCACUGAGUUCGAAGGCCAUGAGUCUACUGAAGGAGUUCUUACCUCUCAACUUGAAUUGCAGUUCCUCUUCAUUCAGACAGUUGCUUCAGGUUAGUGUGAAGAAAGCCCUGGUGAGGAUCAGAGACAGCUGUCUUCUGAACCUUCGUGCACUGAGAAGGUCGGACAACAGCAAGAACGGAGGAGAAGGAUACCCAGGAGCAGCAGCCAUUGUAUUUGAGGGUGUUGGUUUUGUACAGUGGCUGCUAGAGCUGAGUGUAUCUUCUCUGCUGCCAGGCCUGAACUACCAGAGGAAGAAGACAGCAUUACUGCUGAUGGAGGCCCUGCUGGAGACCUGUACAGACAGCUGGAGCCCAAACAAAAGGAAAGGACAGCCACCUCAGGACAUGACUGAGUUAUUGAACCUGGCAAGACAGAGUGGGAGCUGGGAUUUCUUCUCGCAAUCCAACCUACAGAUCCUGUUAGGUUGCUUGAUGGAUGGCACAAAUGAGAUCAGGGAACUGGCUUCUAAAUUGCUGGUGAAUUACCUUCCCGUGCUCCUAGCCCAGCCUCUGGCUGCUGCAUUGUUUGAACACGCUGUGAAGAUGUUGUGCAGUUCCAGGGUGUCCCAGGCUGAGGCUGGAGCCCUAAUCGUGAAAACAGCUCUUCAAAAGUCUGACAUAUCAGUUUUGCUAGGUGUGGUUGCUCAUGGGGAAGCCACUGAAGAUGCCUGCUUCCACCCAUUGAUCUUCGUAACUUAUCUACAUCAGCAGUUGGUCGAGCAUUACAGAGUGGCUUGUACAGAUCUGCUGCAAGCUGCCAAAACCAAGCCACUACAUGGUUUGAUAUUGGCGCUGAGGAAAUGUUUGACAGAGGUACCGGAGAUUCUGAGUUCACUGCGGCUGCAACCUCUCAGAACAAAGUGGAGGCUAUUCAUCAGUCAGCUGAUGGACACCCUGAGUAGCAUUAGCCACUUUCUUCUCAAUACUUUGGCUGGGACCCACCAAUUCUCUUCCUGGGGCCAAGGUACAGCUCCUUCCCUUGCUGAUAUGGGAAUUGCUAUCAAGGCUGUAAUAGCUGUGGGAAAAGGUCUGGAAAGCAAUGCUGGGGAGGAUUCAGUGCUGCUAACCGAGGAUGACAAACUGAUCCAAACCUGCUGCUGGGUUACCCUGCGGGAGAUAGGGCUGCUGCUGGGAUACCUGGUAGAGCUUGAACUUCGCCCCCAUACCUCUGCAAGUUCGGCUCACUUGCUCUCCAUGGCACAGAUACAAAACACCGCAGGAAUUUUCCUGGACAUGCUUCUGAAAUGUCGGCACUGGGGAGUAGUGGAAGGCUGCAGUGCUGGAUUCACCAAAUUCUGUGCAGCCCUUCUGAAGCAACAGUCUCCAGAAUUGCAGUCUAUUCCUCGACAGAUCUUGGAACAGGGCUUGUCAGGUCUGCGGAGCCCUCGGAGCAGUUCGAUUACCAGAAGGGCAGCUGGCUUGCCAAUGCUGUUACUGAGCGUUGUGGCUGGAGAAGACAGCGAGACACAACCUCUACUCCAGUAUUGCAUGAAAACAUUACUAGAUAUUGCCAACACUCCUCUGUCUAGUGGUUGGGAUCAGACAAUUGACCUCCCUCAGGUUUGUUCAGUUCAUACAUUAAAAACUCUGACUCAAAGUUCAGUUCUGGGAUCUGCUGUAUUAACAUACACCAGUGACAUGGCUACCCUGUGCCUGCAAGGGCUCAGCUCUGCAUCCUGGGCCAUGCGCAAUGCAGCUAUUCAACUUCUCAGUACUUUAACCUGUCACGUGUUGGGUAAGAAAUGUAGUGGAGAUGACUCUGCAUGGAGCGGAGUGACAGCGUGUGCAUUCUUCUUGCACUACCCAGAAUUGAAGAGCCUUCUCCUCAAAGAGUUGUAUAAUGCAACAAACCAGGAUUCUGCCACUGUAGGAGGGCAUUUUCACCUCUACCCCUCACUCCAUUCCAUUCUCAACCUGUUGGCGAAACUCCAACCAAGUGUAAAUGACACAAAUGGUGUUUGUUCUAGAUUUCUCCACCUUCUGAUGCAGCUGGCAGCCAAUCCGAUUCACAGCGUGCGCAUGAUGUCUGCAAAGGCUCUGGUUGCACUGGUCCCACUCACGGAAUACAGCAAGGUGCUGGCAUCUUUGGUUAGAGACUUACCUCCUUGUGGUACACCCACCUCCCACAACAGACUGCAUGGCCAACUGCUGCAGAUGGAAGCUGUCCUGGAAGCUGGGCUGGAUGCAGGCUGCUUAAUUCCCCGAGAGCUUCAGGAUGUGGUGAAGAGUCUGGAAAUGAAGCUUUGGUUGGUGAGCCAAGCGCAGCGUUGUCCACUGAUCCAAGCUGCUUACCUGAAGAUAGUUUCAUUGAUACUGAGUUUGUGCAGUGAAGAGUUCUUGUGCAGUCUCCAGCUAGUGCUUCUCGCUGAACUGGAGACUUCUCCAACCAGGCUGAUGAUCGGCUCUGGGAUAUUUCGGAGAGCUGCAACUCGCUACCUAUGUGCCGAGGCAGUGCGUGCAGGAAAUACGCACCAGCUGGAGCGGAUUGGCAGGUUGUUACUGUGUGAAGACCUUGACAUCCGCCUUGCUGCCCUCACCUGGAUCAUGCAGGAUCUCAGUUGCAAGGAGCAGCUGGCUGGCAGCUUGAUAUUGAAACUUCUAUUGAGCAACUUACAGGUGGUGUUAUUGGAAGCAGAGCGAAGCUUGGAGCUCUUGAGAAGCUGGCUGGAAGCCAUUGUGUUCCUGCAGGAAAACCUACAUAAACUGGAGUCGAAGGCAGUGCCUGAAGAUCUGAAUCUGCGAGUGCACUGCAUUGAGAUAUUGUUAUCUAAAAUAGAAGUGGCAAAGCUUGGACCCAUUCUUCACAGUCAGGUCCUGCGUGCAGUCAGUGUGCUGCUGGCCGAGAGUUGCCAGGUUCUCUCUCUUGCUCUGUUGAUGCGUUGGGUAACACUCCUGGAGCUCUGUAGUGAUCCAACAUCCAGUGAAAUACUCCGUCUGGGUGCUGCCACCUCACUUGUCCAGGCAGGGGUAACAAUGAUAACAUGGGCAUUGAUGGACUCUCUCAGACAUGUGCCGCUCGUUGUCAGGAUAACAAAUGGAGGAAUCCGUUUGUUGCAAGAUGAGGAUCCAAGGGUGAGGACAGAAGCUGCCAAGUUUGCUACUCAGGUGUACCUGUUAUCUGCUAGCAGCAGUGAGCAGUUAACUCACUUUCAGCCUAACAGGGCUCUGCUUUGUCUGCUUGAGUUCCUGUUGCAGAAUUGUUGGGACUGCAAGCAAGUAUUUGAAGUUUUGAUGCAGUAUGUCCCAGCUGUAGAUGUGGCUGCAAUCUUGGUUGAACUAAGGAGUGAGAAAGCAGCAAAUCUCUAUGAGGAGGAUGAACCAAAUGUCUUUGCCGAACCAGCCAUCUUUGCUACAAUCCUGCUGCCUUUUCUCCUCCGAAUAGUAGAAAAGUGGGGUAGUUCUGCAGCCGGUCAUGGCUGGCUGAAGGCUUGGGCCAUAGAUAACCACGCGGACAUUGUGAAGAAUAUGAAACAGCUUAACCAGAGAUGGAUCCAAGGGUUCCCGCUGGUUGAAUGCUUUAAUGUUCUAGCUGCUGCCAACUUUUAUCCUGCAUUUGUGGGACUUCUAGUGAGAUUGAAUGUUCUUUUUCAUCAUCUUCAAACACUCGAAUCUGUCAAUGUGGACACAUCUGAUACUGGUGGCCCUUCGUGCAGAUUGCAAGCUGACCUGCAACAGCUGUACGGACUCAUCACUGAGGCUGGAUUAGUCCCAGUCAGUAUGGGAUUAGCUUCAUGGUGGAAUGCAAUUACUGAGAGGUGACAAGAUCUCAAAUUAUUGGUUUCAACGAGAGUAACAGCACCUCUGAACAGUGAUGUUGUCCCCCUGUAGCUCCUGCUGUUGCCUCACACACAAUCGCAGUGAGGUCCAGUCAUUGCCUCACUCCAAAGCACAAGAAAUAGGAACGGUAGAUGGUUAUGUUCCACCAUGCUCCAGAAUUCCAUUGUGAUUACAACAAAUCUUUAGGCUUUGCCUCCACUUUCCUAUCUGUUCCCCAUGUCAAUUCCCAGCGGGACCAGAAGUCUCUGUAUUCCAGCCUCAGUUAUAUUCAUUAGUAGUGUCUCCACAAUCCUCGGGGGCACAAUAUUUCAAAAAUUCACAAGUAAUUUUUCCUCAUCUCAGAACUAAAUGCUACAAACGCCCUUUAUUGCAACUGUGACCCCAGUUCUCCCAAUUCCUCAACCAAGAACUCACUGAUGGUAUCGACCCUUUGAAGCUUAUGAAUCACAAUGGGAUACACAGACUGAGUAGAGUCAUCGUGAAGUACUGUUUUCCUCAUACUAGUGCUCCAGUUUUCACCUUUCAAGUUUUUAAAAAAUAAGCACACUGUAAAAUCAGCCAAGGUGAAAUCAAAGAUAGAGUUUAUUAACAAAAUAUUCAAAUUGCA